AUGAAGCGCUUCCUUGAAGAAGUAGAUGACAGCAGUAAGCUGUUUUCAAACCUGUACACAGAUAGCAACGUACUUGGCAAAAUGUUCUUUUCAUUUGCGAAACCGCUCCUAAACCAAAUACUCAGAAAUGAAAGGUUCGAUGACAACCAAUUAUUGGCCAUAAGCGGAGAAUACUCUGUGAAAAACUCUGAGACUGAGUAAUUCAUUUAGAUCUACACCGAGAAUCGUGAGGUUAAACUCAGAGACCCACUAAAUUCACUAUUGUUCACAGUCUUCAAGCUCUACCGUAAAAACGUGCUUCUCUGCCUUUUUACAUCAAUGGUUGCUGAGAUGCUCGCAAUUUACUGCUGCUAUAUCUCUGGUUACUUAAUCGAAUUUAUGCAGACGAUCGGUGCUCCUACACAAUAUGAGAUAUCUAUGCUGAUAGUGUUUACCUUGAUCUUUUUGGGUUAAAUCUUCCUGAGAAACCUUCAUUACUUUUUCAAUACUAUGCUCUCACUCAAGAUGAAGAAGCUCUUCCUUUCAAUUAUGUACAACAAACUAUCUCAUCUUUCUUUGGAUUCAAUGGGAGAGAUAAGUGACGGAAAGCUCAUUGCCCUACUCUAAUCAUACAUCUUUAUCUUGGAAAAGAUAAUGGUUCUUACAUUCUACUGUUUCGUGGCUCCAUUUGGAUUAAUUGUGUCCUGCGCUUUUAUUGCCAUCAAAGGAGGAUUGAUCUAUGCACUUGUGGUGCAAUUCCUUUACAUUGUGCUCUUCUGGAUCUAAUACCUGAUAAAUCUAAUAAUAGGCAAAGUUAUCAGCAAAGAGAGCGUCUAAAAUGACUACAGAAUUGGACUCAUCUAUCAAAUGCUUUGUGGACUCAGAACAAUCAAAUGCUUCGCUAUGGAGAAUUUCUUCUUAGAGAGGAUCCUAAACUUAAGAAAAACUUAAGUUCGCUAUCAGAGAGUUCAAACUGCUCUAUCAUCUAUUGGAUGGGCCCUCUUAAACAACUCAGGAUAUUUUAUAAGUUUGGCUGUGCUAUUAAUAGGUUGGAGAGCAAACUACUACCUAAAUAUAUCUUUUAGCUUCAGUACUCUAACUAUUCUUGCCUAUCUGUCAUCUGCCAUUCUAUCUUUAUCACUGGGAGGAAUGACCGGUAUUCAAUAGUUCAUUUACGUCUGCAGAAGAAUAAGCCAGAUUUUGGAACUUACAGAAUAAAAAUCUUUGAGACUACUGCCAGAGUCAAGAUUCGAAAAAUGCUACCUAAAGAUGACUAACUGUUCAUUCUGCUGGAGUUUCAAAACUCCUAAAUCAGAAGAUGAAGCUGCUCCAAAAAUAGCGAUUUAAAAUGUCAACUUCUCCCUUAAAUCAGGUGAGAUAAUGGUUGUUAUUGGAUAUGUAGGAAGUGGCAAAACAACACUACUUAGAUCUAUUCUUAAUGAGACUAAACUCAUUAAAGGAGAUAUGGAAAUUAAAGGCCGCAUUGCUUAUGUUGAAUAAGAACCCUUCAUCUUCCCUGGAACAGUUAAGGAAAACAUUCUCUUUGGAAAAGACUAUGACAAAGAAAAAUUUGACAAUGUCAUCAGACUUUGCGAGCUCGAAACUGACUUCAAGCAAAUGGGAAAACAAGAAAACACGAUGAUGGGGGAUAGUGGCUGCAAUGUAAGUGGAGGACAAAAGGCUAGAAUUUCACUUGCCAGAGCUCUCUAUGAAGAUGCUGACAUCUAUCUAUUAGAUAAUCCCAUCAGCGCUCUUGAUUCUCAGAUUUCUCAAAAAAUAGUCGAGAAUGUAAUCAAGGGCUACCUAAAGAAUAAAUGUGUCGUACUAGUGACCUUCCAGCCUAAGAUAGUACCCAAUAUUGACAAGCUUUUAGUCUUAGACUAAGGUCAUCAGAUCAGAGUAGGAACUCCUGAAGAAAUCUACGCUGAAUAUGGUUAUUUAAGUGACAUCGUGACCAAUGAAGCAUCUGAGAUUAAUACUGACAUUCAAUGCGCUCCAGAGGAAGCAGAUGAAUAUGAAAUCUGUUUGACUGAAAAAGGAGAUGACGAUUCAGUUAAAGUUGGAAAGGAAACUAUCAUCACCUAAAAAGAAGAAACAAGAGCUGUUACUGGAAGUGUUCUAUAUUCUGCUUAUAUGAUAUUCUCAAAGUACUCUUGGGGGCCAAUUGGACUUUUACUCUAUCUCAUAUUCUCAGCCAUUCCUCCUCUACUCUUGAUUCUGUCUAUUUACUACUUAGGAUUCUGGGCUUCUUUCCCUUACUAUUACUACUAUGACUUCUAUGCUAACAGGUUCAUGAUGAGUGUUGGUUUCGCUGUACUUUUUACCAUAAUUAGAAACGUUUACUCAUAUUAUCUAAUUCUUUCAGGGUCUAAUAACCUUCACAGUAUAAUGUGCGAGAGGGUACUUAGAGGAACUAUUUCAUUCUUUGAUCAUAAUCCAGUUGGCAAAGUUGUCACCAGAUUCGCAAAGGAUUAAUUCCUAGUUGACCAGAAACUUAACUUCUUCGUUUUAGUAUUCUCAGAAGCAAUUUUCGCUGCUCUUGGAUCACUGUUAUACGCAGUUAUAAUCACUCCAUAUGCAGCUAUACCUGUAUUCUUCUUGACCUUCGUCAGUUUGUAUAUCUUCAGAAAGUGCUCAGGCGCUUUAGCUAUUUUGUAAUCCUACGAGUCAAACGCAAGAGACCCACUCCAGCAAAACAUUUUGACAAUGCUUGGUGGCAUUAUAACCUGUCGUGCAUAUGACAAUACCAAGUAUUUCAAGAAUUCCUUUGAUAAAUAACUUACCAAGAGUGUGAAUGCCUCGUUCUCCUAUGUGAGUAUUAUAAGAUGGUAAGGACUUAGAGUUCAGCUAGUUGGAGGAAGUUUCACUUUGACUGUAGCGUGGUUGGCUGUUCUUCUUAAGGAGCAAGUUAAUUCUUCAUUAUUGAGUGUAUUGAUGGUAUUUGUGAUGGAUAUAGCAGCUUACAUUCUUGUCGCCAUAUUAUUCUACUCUGAAUUCCUUUACUGUAUGCCAUCUGUCGAGAGGAUGCUUUAACUCACUGAGAUCAAGCAAGAAGAUGCCCUCGUGCUUCCAAGUGAUAAAAAUCUUGGACAGUGGCCAUCUUAAGGACAAAUUAAAUACAAUAGUGUGACAAUGAAAUAUAGAGAGGAACUUGAACCAGCAGUAAAUGAGGUUUCAUUCGAGAUUGAGCCAGGCAUGAAAGUGGGAGUAGUUGGUAGAACUGGUGCUGGCAAAAGUUCAAUUCUACAAACGCUCUUCAGACUCAAUGAUCUCCAUGAAGGCUCUAUUGAGAUAGAUGGAGUCAAUAUCAAAGAAGUAGGACUUCACACUUUAAGACAAAGCAUUGGUUACAUUCCUUAGCAAGCUUUCUUAUUCUCAGGAACUGUCAGUGAGAAUCUUGACCCAUUCGACUAAAAAUCUGAUGAAGAGAUGAUCUCAGUCUUGAAGAAAUGUCAACUCUGGGACUAUGUUUAAUCCUUAGACUAGGAUCUUGAGCACUAUAUUUGGGACCCUAACCUUACUUUUUCUCAAGGAGGAAAGUAACUGAUGUGCUUGGCCAGAGAACUCUUGAAAGAUUGUAAGAUUAUCGUUAUGGAUGAGGCAACAGCAAGCAUUGAUUAUUACACUGACUAACUUAUUUAAAAAACAUUGAGAGAAUACUGCAAGUCUUAAACGAUGAUUACUAUCGCUCAUAGAAUAUCCACAGUAAUUGACGCCGACAAGAUACUCGUGAUGGAGAAAGGAAAGGUCGCUGAGUAUGACCAUCCAUUCAAACUUAUGACCUAAAAAGAUACUGACACAGAGAUUACUUCUGAAGGUAACUUUGCCAAGAUGGUAAAGGCCUACGGAGAAGAGGAGCAAAGAUGGCUUUUUAAUGUUGCCAAGAAUCAUUACUUCAAGGUUUCAGAUGUUGCUUUUGACACUCAAACUGAGGGAUCACAAUUGACAUGA